AUGAAGGCACUGUCCCGCAGCUACGUUUAUUGGCCAUCGCUCGAUAGCGAGAUUGCCGAUUACGUGAAGGCGUGUUCACCAUGCGCCUUGACAGCAAAGUUUCCAGCAGCAGCGACCCCUGUGCCCUGGCCCAAGCCUACACAUCCUUGGCAACGUGUUCAUGUGGACUACGCCGGUCCUAUCGACGGCGACUACUAUCUUCUCGCCGUGGAUUCAUUUUCGAAAUGGCCGGAAGUCAUCCGUACACGUCGCAUCACGGCGUCUGCAACGAUCAGCAUCCUUCGCAGUAUCUUUGCGCGCCUGGGGAUGCCGGAAACGUUGGUGUCAGAUAAUGGCACCCGAUUCACAAGCUCGGAAUUCGCUCAGUUCUGCAAGACGAAUGGAAUCGACCACGUAACAACUGCACCGUUUCACCCACAAUCAAACGGCCAAGAGGGGAGAAGUUCGACCGAUGAAGCCUUGGAUACGUUCUUGCUGGCCUACCGAAGCACACCUAACCGGUCAGCGCCAGAAGGUCUAUGCUCGUCGGAGAUCAUGUUCGGACGACGUUUACGCACCUGUCUCGAACUGCUACGUCCAUCACCAGAACGUCCACCGCCGGAAUUGUCACCGGUCGACCUGAAGAAGUCCAGUAUGAGGUCCUUCAGUCAAAGUGAUCUCGUCUACGCCAAGAUCUACACCAAGAACACCUGGAACUGGGUUCCUGGAACGGUUAUCGAAAAAGUUGGACGAGUGAUGUACAACGUGUUGACCGAUAGUCGUCGCUUAGUCCGAUCGCACCUGAACCAGCUGAGGAGUAGAACGUCAGUCUGCUCGAAUCAAGGUCCUGGAUCCAGCCAGUCAUCGAACCAUAAGCAACUUCCUCUGCAAGCUCUAUUCGAUACGUGGAAUCCAGCAACUACGACUGCAAGCGACAUUAUUCGAACGCCAACGUUGUCUCCACCUACUAGUCCGGCAACCAGUACGGACAUGUCGUCAUCGUCCUCGUCUUCGAGUACCACAUCUUCCAGCUUCGAAUCGGCUGCUGCAAGCACACCAACGGUGCAGCCAAAAGUACAGCUAUCAAGGCGUUCUUCAAGACUUAGAAGACCGCCCCAGAGGUUCAACCUGUAUCAUCGGUUCUAG